AUGGACCCCGAGCGCCCUCCUGCACUGAACAAAGUGAUUCACCAACAUCUCAACCGGCAUCACAUGGUCGGAGCCAAUCCUGGGCCAGUGUUGAUUUUAAACGGGACACUGAGCUCCGAUCAGCACUGCCAGCCCUCUACCCCUAUGCCUCUACCCCUCAUCUCAUUCAGAUACCACUUUGAUUCCUGUCCAGAGGGCUUGUUUGAAGAGGGGCUAAGAAAGCAAGUCCGGCUCUCCCAGGACAGACAGCAGUUCAACACAGCAUGCUUUGUGUUGUAUCUCUACAGGCGGCAUAGGAGGGGCGCAGAGAUGAGCCGUGAAGAUGUCGACCCUGAUGGAGCAAAGAGGACAUAG